AGUGAGUCACUGGGGAGCGAGUGGUGGGGAGGCAGAUGCAGGAAAAGGAGAAAAACUGGGACAAAUGUGACCUCCCCUCCUCUGGGCCUGGCAGAAAAGGGUUAAGAGAAGCGGUUGACUGCUGCAAGCCUCGUCAGGGUUGUACUAUUUUUUCUAGUGCAUAAGGAGAAGGGAGAGGAGGGUUGCACGGAAAAGGGAAAUUUCCAAGAAAAGAGGGAUCUGCGGCAAUAUCUGCACCUCGGGGGAUGAAGAGAGGAACCAACAGGCAUAAAUGGCCUGGAGACAGCUGAAAUCCUUGCCGAGGAGAUUGGCACCGCGGGGUUAUUUUCCACCUGCCUCCCCUACCCAUUUCUGUAAUCCUGGCUCAAAGUAGACAAGUCGAGUUGGAGCUGAAGAAGGGAGGCGAUGCCACACCUCCCGAGGACACUGGAGACAUCGGGUUUUGCUGAGCUUAGCAGCUUUUCGCCGUCGUACCAAAGGCAUCAGACAGACGCUCAUCUGCCCUGAAGUGCAGAUCUGCAACAGCUCCCGGGAAGACUCUGUCUCUCUGUCUCUCUGUCUCUCUUUUCUCUCUCUCUCCAGUCCAAACCAUUACAAGACCUGACUUCCACCAUCUGGGAAUUUAACCCCUCUUAUGUCCCUUCUCCUUUUUCUACGAUGACUCACCAUUAUUUUUAACUUUGAAGAGAGAGGAAAUUAUGGGGAUCUUGGAAGCCUGUAUUUCUCUCUAGGAUUUCCCCAGGGUCAGAUAAUCGGUGUUACUAAGAGACUAAGAUUUGGCUUCUCCAGGUAAUGUGAUUUGUUUUCUGUGUGCCAUGGUGGUUUGCAAAGGAUGACAGGAGCCGGGACACCAGCGGCCGAGGAGGGGGACUGCGGUGGUCCACGGGGAAUCGCUGGCUCCGCAUUCCAGAGCUUGGCUGCAGGCAGGGAGGGCAGCAUGUCGCCGAGCCGCUGCUUCGUGGCUAGGGCAAGAGGAUUGGGAAGGUGUUAAAAGCCGAGUUCGAGUUUUUCUAGAGGGUUGAUUGCCUGAGAUCGCACGAUUAAAUGUUAAUUAACCCUUCACUGCAUGCCUGGGAAUGAGCUGAGCCCGGCACCCCCUGGGAUCCCCUUGCCACUUUAGGGCUGGAUGGGGUUAUUUUUCUUCCUUCCUUUCUCUUCCCUUCCCUCUCUUUGUUUUUGUUGUUGUUGUUGUUUUUUUUUUAAAUUGGAAUUCUGAUUUUUAGCCAAGAAAAAAAAGCCCUGCUUUGCCAAUGCCAGUUUUUCCGUGCUGGUUUUGAACAGGUGAUGGUUCCUCAGGUGUUUUCUCUGUUCCACCUAAUGGGUUUAGAUGGGAGUUGUUGAACUCUGUAUCAUAGAAGGCAAAUUAACCCCCCAAGAAAGGGCAUAGACAUGCUAGUGAAGGGAUCUACUCUCCUCCCCCCAACUUUAUUCCAUCUCUCUCUUUCUCAGCAGGGGUGAUUUUCUUUCUCCUUUUUUUUUUUUUUAAUUUUUCAUUUCCUCUUUUUUUUUAAUCUCAUCCCUUUGCCUUUUCAUGAGACUCUUUCAACCCUGCGUACCUGUCCUUCUGCAGGAUAGUAGCCCUGCCCUGAACCUGAUCCCACCACUGGGUCCUGGGAAGAGUUUAGCAUAAGGAUUUCUUUGAAACCCCAAUAUGACAGUUGCCACUGGAGAUCCUGCAGAUGAAGCUGCAGCUCUUCCCGGUCACCCGCAGGACACGUAUAACCCCGAGACCGACCAUGAGUGCUGCGAGAGGGUGGUCAUCAACAUCUCGGGGCUGCGCUUCGAGACGCAGCUCAAGACACUUGCCCAGUUUCCAGAGACCUUAUUAGGGGAUCCUAAAAAGAGGAUGAGAUAUUUCGACCCUCUCCGGAAUGAGUAUUUCUUUGACCGGAACAGACCCAGCUUCGAUGCGAUUUUGUACUAUUACCAGUCUGGUGGGAGGUUGAGGAGGCCGGUUAAUGUGCCCUUAGACAUCUUCUCGGAAGAGAUCCGAUUCUAUGAACUGGGGGAAGAGGCAAUGGAGAUGUUUCGAGAGGACGAGGGCUACAUCAAAGAAGAGGAGAGGCCAUUGCCUGAGAACGAGUUUCAGAGACAAGUGUGGUUGCUCUUUGAGUACCCCGAGAGCUCAGGCCCUGCCAGGAUUAUAGCUAUUGUCUCCGUCAUGGUGAUUUUGAUCUCCAUUGUCAGCUUUUGCUUGGAAACAUUGCCCAUUUUUCGGGAUGAGAACGAAGACAUGCACGGCAGCGGGCUGAGCCACCUCCCCUAUUCCAACAGCAGCAUGGGGUACCAGCAGUCCACCUCCUUCACAGACCCCUUCUUCAUCGUGGAGACACUUUGCAUCAUCUGGUUCUCCUUCGAGUUCCUGGUGAGGUUUUUCGCCUGCCCCAGCAAGGCUGGAUUUUUUACCAACAUCAUGAACAUUAUUGACAUCGUAGCCAUCAUUCCCUAUUUCAUCACCUUGGGGACAGAGCUGGCCGAGAAGCCAGAGGAUGGCCAGCAAGGCCAGCAAGCCAUGUCCUUGGCCAUCCUCCGAGUCAUCCGCUUGGUGCGGGUCUUCAGGAUCUUCAAGCUCUCCCGGCACUCCAAGGGGCUGCAGAUCCUGGGGCAGACUCUCAAGGCCAGCAUGCGGGAGCUGGGCCUGUUGAUAUUUUUCCUCUUCAUCGGCGUCAUCCUCUUCUCCAGCGCCGUUUACUUUGCCGAGGCCGAUGAGAGCGAGUCCCAGUUCCCGAGCAUCCCCGAUGCCUUCUGGUGGGCUGUGGUUUCCAUGACGACUGUUGGCUACGGAGACAUGGUCCCUACAACCAUCGGGGGGAAAAUAGUGGGUUCCUUGUGUGCCAUUGCUGGCGUAUUAACGAUUGCCUUACCAGUGCCCGUCAUAGUGUCCAACUUCAACUACUUCUACCACCGGGAGACGGAGGGAGAGGAGCAGGCUCAAUAUCUGCAAGUAACCAGCUGCCCAAAGAUCCCCUCUUCCCCUGACCUAAAGAAAAGCAGAAGUGCCUCUACUAUUAGUAAGUCUGAUUAUAUGGAGAUUCAGGAAGGUGUAAACAAUAGCAAUGAGGAUUUUAGGGAGGAGAACUUGAAGACAGCCAAUUGCACCCUAGCUAACACAAACUAUGUGAAUAUCACCAAAAUGCUAACCGAUGUCUAGUCGCUAAAAUCUAGUCAUGUAUUUAAAGCUGAAGUGGAACAAUUGCAGAUAUUGAGUGCUGCUCUGCAUUGUAGUUAACACAGUAUUUUCUACGGUGUAUAUUUGGUUCUGCAUGGGAAGCAAUAGCUGUGUAAGUUACUUUUAACCUUCUAUUUCCACACUGAAUAAGCGUCUGUGCAAAAAAAAAAAAACAAAAACAAAACAACCCAACAAACCAAACCCAAACCGUUUUGUUGCCCUUCUCCCAUCCCAGGCUUGUGGGUUUCCGAAGAUAUGGAGGGUGUUCCAAGCAGCAGGAUGGGGAUACGAGGGGGGCAGCUCCAGGCUGUGCCAGAUCCCUGUCCUGGGUGACGACCACCUUCCAGGGAACGGCUGGGAAAGGUCAGGCAGAACUUAAUGAAGGGUCGAUGCGGGCGAAGCGUCCGAAUUGCUGGAAGGCUCAGGUUUCCACCCUGGGAAUGCCAAGCCCCGGACGCGUCGCCCAGGCUCGUGUUUCAUAACUGAAAAUGCUGCAUGCUGCAAUAGUUUCAGCCACUGCAGUGUGCCAGUGUGAGGCCCAGGGGAGGGAUAAUUAGUGUGACAGCACAUUAUUUAUUAAGUCUUAAAUUUUCUAUGCCAGGCAUCGGGAGGGCCGGGUAAAUAAAUCAAGCGCUUGGAUUUUAGUAUUUCUUUAGAUAGCACUUCCAUCCCCAAUAUUUCCAGGCUCACCAAAGACAUCUCCACUAAUAUAUUGAAAAUGAGUUGGAAAAAGCAUCUUUUUUUACAUCUAUAUAUAAAACUGGAGCAACUAUGCUAUGGCCUAUAAUAUAUUUAUACUGCAGUGAAAUUUAACCAGUAAUACAGUACAGCUGCAUGGAUAUUUGUUGCAUGAAUCUGAAUAUUUAAUACACACACAAAUAUAUAUUUUCUUAGUAGACUAUACAAUAUUCAUGUUUAUAGUGUUUAUAGAUUCUCCGGUGGCUCAAAGGAGAUUCAUGGGAGUUCAAAAAUCUCAACUGUAGUUAAAAACAGAAUGGGGAAGGCAUGUGCUGACAACAGUUGGAUAGAUAACAAGGCAAAGCCUGAGUGUCUGAGCAUUCAGACCCAAGAGCCAACUAGUGCAAUGGAAGGUGAGCUGAAAGUUAAACACCUGCACUCAUUAUGGGGCGAGUAAUUAGUCAUUAAUCUUGGUGUCAGGAGCAGAAACCACGGUGGAUCAGAGAGGGCACAAGGAGCAGGUGGAAUCGCUCUCUUGGCUUGUUUGUUCAGCAGUUUUCAGCCGUUCCUGUAUAAUUCUUGUGUGUGUGUAUGUAGAUAUUUAGAGAGCGACUACAGGGCCGAAUCGUCAGCAAACAGAGCUCUUGGGGCAUUGGGGAUUUCCUGAUUUAGGGGUGCUGGGAUGGUGGGACAUGGGCUGGAGCAGGAUGACCUACCCCAUGUAGCCCACGGGAUCACCAGGGCAGGGCAUGUUUUGGGUUGGAAAACUCUUUUUCAACCACAUAGAGCCCUAGGGCUGGGGGUGUAUUUCUUUUUGAUGGAGAGGGCAUGUGCUGGGGGUGGGCUGGAUCUGAGCUGGUGCCUCUGAGCCUUUGCUUUACCUUCUUCCAGGGUUUUUAGAGCAGUGAGUUGGGGUGCAGAGAGCCUGAGUUUGUCUCUGCUUCUUCAUCCCUGCUGGUAUUUGGGGAUGGGAGCUGUUGAUCCAGGGGAAUCUCGUCUGCUUCCCCAUUCCCAUCUGAGUUUCCUUGUGUCUCCCUCAUUGCUGACAAUCCCCAGGGACAGGUGUCCUGUUCCUCUGAUAGGUCAGGGGAGAGGGAUGAAAAUCUCUGUCAAGGUCGUGGUCGAUCAAAGCCUCCCUGGGCUGUGGAACGAGGUUCAGUUGGGGUGAAUUUGGGCUGAAUUGGGGCACAGUCAGUGCUGUACCACUGCAUGAAGUGUGGGCACAAGGAAGGAAUCCUCUGGCAGAGCAUAUAGGGGAGGUCAGAGACCCUUCCUGGGCUCAGAGAGAAAAACUCUACUAAAUAACAAUAAACCAACCGGUGCUAACAUAUUCUACAGCAAUGGUUCCAAAUGAUGCUCUGGGGCCAGAUCUUGUGCUGAUGUGGCUUCCUUCAGCCAGGUGGAAACACUCCUCAGUUUUGUUGGAUUGGUUGGUUGAUUGAUUCCGGCCUGGCUAUAAUUAAUACCAUGGUUUGUGCAUGAGAGUCCUGCCUUCUGCCUGGGGCAAAGGACCAGCAGCAUCCAGGGGUUGGGGCUGAGUGUGCUCAGCACCAUGGGCCACCCAGGCCUGUCUUUAAUCUCAUUAUAUUGGGAGCCUUCUGCUCCCACUUUCCUGCAGCAGCUUGGGAACGGGAGCUUCUGAAACCCAGGCACCCACCCCACCCCCCCACAAAAAAA